UGUCGCUUCAUCCUUUCCUUUCUGGCUUAGUACCAGAUCUAUAGAUGUGACGCCUGGACGCCUUGGCACUGAUUCAGAGAUCUCUCGGUUGCGCACGUAGCACCUAGAGGUGUCGCUUCAUCCUUUCCUUUCUGGCCUAGGUAGAUCAAUGCCACUGAUGUCCUCCACGCCACUUCGGUUCUGGCACGAGUUGUGUAAUGUACGCACCAUUAACGGCCUCCACAACGGUAUAGGCUCCUGAGGCUUCCCCUUGCAGCAUAGUGAUUUUUGAGCAACGCUUUCCGCUGACAUUCCAGAGCCUCGUUCUUAUCUCUUAUGGAGCUGGUCGCGUAGUCUGUUCUGAUAUUCAUGAAUAUAAAUGUAUUGAACGCCAUUGCCCUUGCUUAUGUUGCCACAGUUGAAUUCGCAAUUCUUUCAGAUCUAGUCAGAUCCUCCAUCGUUAUCUGUCCUGCAUGAUGUCUUCCCCCACGGUCACCGAGAAGCGGCCUUAUAGCACAGAUGCUCCAACUCAAGAUCGCAGCCCAGAUGAGGCCCAGAUACACCAUAUUCCUGCCGACGGCCGCGACAAGUCACUUGUGCCAACUCCGACGAACGACCCUCUCGACCCUCUGAACUGGUCCAAAGUGCGCAAGUACAACAUCGUUGGGAUCGCUUGCUUCUUCUACUUCCUGAUGACAUACCUGACCAUGGCCCCUGUGCCAUCAUUCUCGCUUCUUGAAGAGCAGUUCGAUGCAACAUAUAACCAAGUGAAUUGGUCCUUCGGCAUCUCAGCCUUCGGUCUCGCUUUCGGACCGCUGAUCACAUCGUCGUUGGCGGAGACUUAUGGACGUCGAGUUGUCACCAUUGCUUCAACCGCGAUUGCCGUGCUGGCUUCUGGCUGCACAUCAAUUAAAGGACAAAGCGUCGAACAAUAUAUGGCUGCCAGGUUUUUCCAGGGAUUCGCUGCUGGACCGGCAGCAAACGUCGGUCUUAGCAUCAUCAACGAUGUCUCCUGGGAACACGAGAGAGGCUUCCGCAUCGGCCUUUGGGCAUUGUCGGCAAAUGUCGGCACCGUGCUGGGUGGUAUAGUUGGUGGCUUUCUUGCCACGGUCAGCCAAUAUUGGGUCGCAUACCACGUUACCAUUGGAUUCGCCUUUCUCCUCGCCUGGGAGGUGUUUUUCCUGCCAGAGACACAGUAUCCACGCGCCGAAGUGGCGGCAUUCGAGCAACGACAGGCUGGUGCUGAAGCCCGAGGUGAAGGACUGGAAAACAGCAGUUUGACCAUCAAAAGGACGACACAACUUCCCUGGCUGAACUUCCGAAAGAUCCCAGGCGUGCUUCACCCCAAGCCAUGGGCAACAUUGAUAACAUUCUGCAAGUUAUGGGCCUAUCCAAAAUUGGUGGCAAGCGUGUGUGGAUACAUUUUCUUUGAUUAUUGGUGGAUCGUAACGGUGCUCACGAUGAUACCUGCAGCAUACGCAGAGUACAAGAUCCAGAUUCAAGGUCUUUUCUUUGCUGGAGCCCUGGUAGGGGUGAUAUUUGCAGAGAUCUUCUGCUCAGGUCAUUUGAGCGAUUGGAUUGUGGCCCGAUUGGCGCGAAAGAACCAUGGUAUACGCACGCCUGAAAUGAGACUUUGGCUUGGGUAUCCUGGAGCGAUCGCGUCUGCCAUCGGACUGGCAGUUUGGGGUGUUUCGGUCCAACGAGGCUGGCAUUGGAUCACCGGCCAGAUCGGACUGUUCCUCUUCGCGGUCGGCCUUCAAGCGGGCAAUACAACCUUGUCGACGUACAUUGUCGACAGCUACCCAGAGCAUGCCAUCGAGGUGAUCACCUUCUACUCAGUAAUCAUCAACAUAUCGGCCUUCAUAGUACCGUGGUACAUAUAUAAUUGGACGGCGGCAGUCGGUUAUGGCUGGUGCUUCGGAACCCAGGCCCUCCUCUGUGCCAUUUGUCUGCCACCGACAUAUUUCGUACUGCACAAAUGGGGCCCAAGAUGGGUAAAGCCGAUAGUGCUGACUUCUGACGAAGUGCCCAGCAAUGCAGCCGUCGAGCAUGUUCAGGGUGAGAAGAAAUGAGCUUUAUUUUAUCACCGGACGCAUGAACAGCAGAAAGUAAAGCGAGGCAGUUUGCGACGAGGGUUGAUUAAAGAUUUCCCGAUCGAGAAUGGAGUGGACGACCCUUGGAGGUCAUGUAGGGAGGUUCACUAGUACGGCAGGAAGUCCCACCCACGUUCAC